AUGCAGUCAAAUGUCGAAGUCAAGUCUUUUGAUUGGCAUGUGGGUGGGCUUGGGAAGUUGUAUGCGUUCUGCCAAAAGGCACGUGACGACUUCAAUUGCUCAUUUGCUUGGUGCGAUAUGUGCUGCAUAGACAAGACGAGCAGUUCAGAGCUUGACGAGGCCAUCCGUUCCAUGUUCCGAUGGUAUCGCAAUUCACAUAUAUGCAUCACCUACCUCCAAGAGACAGAUAGCAUAAACGAUCUCGCGGAGGAUGAGUGGUUUGAAAGAGGUUGGACGCUCUUGGAGCUCCUUGCACCAUUCCGCAUGAAGUUUUACGGAAAGUCAUGGGCGCCACUCAGGCCCCUUCAUGAGUCUGAGAACGACAAAUGCAACUCGGAUAGCGUCUUACAAGAAAUUUCGCGAAUUACGCGUAUACCUGAGACGGAUCUCAGGGCAUUCAACCCUGAGACCAACCGGGUGCAAGAGAAGAUGGUAUGGGCAUCCAGCAGACGAACAACAAGGGUCGAAGAUAUUGCUUAUUCCUUAAUUGGGAUCUUCGAUGUUAGCCUGAUGGUUGCAUAUGGAGAAGGCAGACGAGCCUUCUAUCGUCUGAUGGAGGCCAUCUUGCAGAGAUGUGACCAUUGGGAGAUCUUCUCUUGGAAGGGAUCCUCUUCC